UUUCGUUGCAACUUGGCCAACCUUUAUAAACUCCUUUUUUUGCAUCUCUUCUUCAUUUUUUACAAAAAGGAGAUUGGAUUGUGCCCCUCUUCUUAUACAAGAUAUAUUAUAAUUAAAUAUCAUUAAUUAAAAUGGGGCAUAUUACAUUCCUGUCUUCCAUUUUUGGAAUUUUAGCUUUAUCAAGUAUUUUCAGAAUUCAAGCAGAAAGUCCUUAUAAAUAUUACACUUGGAGGAUAUCAUAUGCAACAAUUUAUCCUGGGAAUUUUCCUCCUCAAAGGGGUAUUCUUAUAAAUGGCCAAUUCCCUGGUCCAACAAUUGAUUGUAAUACCAAUGAUAAUCUCAUUAUCACUAUUAUUAAUCAUUUGGAUGAUCCAUUCCUCAUGACAUGGAACGGACUUUGGCAGAGAAAAUCAUCUUGGCAAGAUGGUGUAUUAGGAACCAACUGCCCUAUUCCAACACAUAGAAACUGGACUUACACAAUGCAAUGCAAGGAUCAAAUUGGUAGCUACAUGUAUUUCCCUUCUACUUUGAUGCAUCGUGCUUCGGGUGGUUUUGGUGCUAUCAAUAUUCAUAGAAGAUCCGUUAUUCCUCUCCCUUACCUUCAACCUACCGAUGAAUUCUCCCUCCUCAUCGGAGAUUGGUACAAAACUGACCAUAAGGUUCUUCAAAAAAGGCUAGACAAUGGAUAUGGUAUGCCCAUGCCCGAUGGCAUACUUAUAAACGGGCUUCAAACAUUUAGUACCGAUAGAGCUUAUACGGGUCAAAAAGGAAAAACCUACUUGUUUCGUGUGGCAAAUGUAGGAAUAAUGACUUCCAUUAACAUAAGGAUUCAACAACAUGAAAUGAAGUUGGUUGAAGUUGAAGGUUCUCAUGUCCUUCAACAAAAUUAUGAGUCAAUUGACAUUCAUCCAGGCCAAUCUUUGGCUUUUUUGGUUACUCUAAAUGGCACAAUUAAAGACUAUUACAUUGUUGCUUCCACUCGUUUUACCAAACCCAUUCUUAAUACAACUGCAAUCCUGCGUUAUGAAGGGUCUAAUAUUAGUGCUUCGCCUCCUUUGCCUCUUGCCCCUACUUAUGAGGUUCAUUGGUCUAUGAAGCAAGCUAGAACUUUCAGGAGAAAUCUUACCGCAAAUGCAGCAAGGCCUAACCCACAAGGAUCAUUCCAUUACGGGCAAAUAAAUAUCACAAAAACAAUCAUUUUAGGCAAUUCAGCCGAGAAAAUUAAUGGUAAAUUGUAUUAUGGAGUCAACAAUAUUUCGUAUGUGAAUCCAGACACACCACUCAAGCUUGCUGACUAUUACAAUAUUCCUGGUGUAUUUGAUCUUAGUACGGCCCGGGAUAAGCCCACACCUGGCCCUAUGGUUCAAGACACCCCUGUUUAUGGCUUGGCUCUUCAUGAUUUUCUUGAAAUUAUCUUCCAAAAUAACGAACCCACCACCCAAUCUUGGCAUCUUGAUGGCUACAAUUUUUUCGUCGUCGGAUACGGUGCAUUUGAAUGGAGUCUUAAAUCGAGGAAGACGUAUAAUUUGGUGGAUGCUGUAUCAAGAAGUACCGUUCAGGUGUUUAGAAACUCAUGGACGGCAGUAUUAGUUUCUCUGGAUAACAAGGGAAUGUGGAAUUUAAGAUCAGCAAUUUGGCAUAGACAAUACUUGGGGCAACAAGUUUAUCUCAGAGUGUGGAACAAUGAAACCAGCUUCACUACAGAGAAUCCUAUCCCUCCAAAUGUUCUUAAAUGUGGAAAGGCUGCUAAUUUCUAAGAUAAAUUUACAAAAUUAAGUUAUUUAAAUAAGCUUAACAAAAAUGUUUUAUUUUAAACAAAGAGAUUAAUAGGAGUAUAAUAUGUUAGUUCACAUAAAAUUGUUUGAUGAGAGACUUAUAUUAUUGUAUUUAAUCCUUUGUUACUUGAGUUAUCCGGUUACGAGGUGGACUUAAAUAUAGAUGUAAUACAAAUCUCUCAUCAUACAUGUCAAUUACAAUAAUACUUGUUUGUUAGGGUUACACAUAAAUGAUGCUCUCUACAAAGUUGUGCAAUUAGUUCAAGAAUUGAAAAGAAAAUUUUUGAAAAGCAUAUUUAUUUGUAAAUUGAAUUAUAUGAAUCAUGAAAAGUGAUGUUCCCCCUCUUUCUAACCGAAAGAGAAUAGCUUGGACCCCAAAAAUGACAAAAGAGAAUGUAGAAAGUAACGAAAAACAAUGCAAAAACA